CUUCAGUACUAAGGUAAGCCAAACAGUAUGUAAAUGUACUUUUAUAGCUUUAGGGAUAGUCAACCUUAUUCCUCCCAGCUACUGUGAACUGCACCUGUCUUAUGAUUACACUGCAUUUUAUUUAGUUUAAAUUAAAUUAAUUGUACGAGAAUGUCUUUUACUGAACUAGAGGUGUGCCAGAUAUCAAAAAUAUAUAUACUGCCAUGGUUAUCCACUAAACUGUGAAUUGUUAGAUAAUCAAAAUAGGUUCUUAGAGGGUUUUCACUACAGUGAGAAUUGCUGUGUAUUCAAAGCAAAUUAAAAAUUUGGUGUCAAAUAGUGGAACAGAAUCUCCAAGCUAACUGUUUCCAGUCAGCCAUUUGUUUUACUUAAAUGUUCGAUGCACUUUUAAUUGUGAUCAAUUCUUACUUUAAGGAAUAAUACUUUAGAUUUGAGGCCAAAAUAGUGAAGUUUAAAAAUAUUAAAGUCUCUUAUGUGUUCAGUUAGUCUAUUUUGGCUAAAGAUGAAAAAAAUGUAAAUGUACUUUUUACUCACUUUGAAUAUAUAGAUAUAUAUAUACGUAAUAAUUUGCUCAAAGUACUUUCAAAAUCGAUGUUUCACCCCUUUAGGGUCAUUAUCCAGACGAUAUAUAUUUAUACAUAGAAACACAGAAUGUGACGGCAGAUAAGAACCAUUUGGCCCAUCUAUUUCUAAAUACUUUCAUUAGUCCCUGGCCUUAUCUUAUAGUUAGGAUAGCCUUAUGCCUAUCCCAUGCAUGCUUAAACUCCUUCACUGUGUUAACCUCUACCACUUCAGCUGGAAAGCUAUUCCAUGCAUAUAUAUUUCCACUUGGAUUAUUGAAGCAUCUAAUUGCAAAUUAUGUAGCCACACAUAUGUUCAAUAAACAGUUCAUUGACAAGUAAAUUAAACUAGUAAUAACUACCAAAUUAGAAAAAAACAAACCUUUUUCUCUUCUCAAGUAAGUUAUUAUUACUUUUUAAAAUGUAUUUCUCAAUUUUGGGCCUAAAAAGCGGUUAAGUUAGCAAUUAGUUGAAUUAAGAGACGCACUUGAAAUCAUAUUCCAAAAUAGACACGUGGUAAAUGUCUACAUCGUACCUAUCGUUCCAGUUUGGGUAUUUUUGACCAUAUUCUAAAUAACUGCAUUUUAAUUACCGUAAAUCACUAUCAGGUUUAUUAAACUGUGUAACUGAACUGGGGUUUAAUCAAAAAAGCCACACUGAAUAAUUUCUCAAGCUCAGCUGAAAAAGUACCCAAAUAGCCGAAUGUUCAGCUAUUUUAGGGUAUGUGUUUCAAUUUGUUUUUCAUUUCAAUUCAAUUUAAUGUUUGUAAGCAUUGUGUUUAGUCAAUAACCCACAAAAUGUAUAAUGUGUAUUCUCUUUAUACCUUGAAACAUUACUUUUAUCUGAUUUUAUUUUUUGUUUAGGCCUAUUAUUUUUAUUAGUAGUACUGGCAGGCUUAAAGGAUCACUAUAGGGUCAGGAACACAAACAUGUAUUUCUGACCCUAUAGUGCUAAAACCACCAUAUAGGUGGCUUGCCCCCCCCCUAGCCCCAUUAUAAAAGUUUAAAACUCACCUUAUUUCAAGCGCCGCUCGGCUCGAGUCCGCCGGCCCUGGCUCAGCCCCCUUUGUGACAUCAUCAAAAUGGCAGAUUUUUAGCCAAUCCUAUGCUUUCUCAUAGGGAAAGCAUUGGAUUGGCUAAAACCAGCACGGGGCGGGGCCAAAUGCUGUUUUGGCCAAUUAGGUCCUCCUCAUAAAGAUGCACUGAAUCAAUGCAUCUCUUUGAGGAAAAUUCAGCCCCUCCAGUGGCCAUCUAAGGAGUGGCCACUUGGAGGUGUCCCUAGGGGCAAUGUAAACACUGCCUUUUCUGCGAAAAGGCAGUGUUUACCUAAAAAUGCCUGAAGGGAGUUAUAAUGCUCAACAGAACAACUACAUUAAGUUGUAGUUGUUCUGGUGACUACAGUGUCCCUCUAAUUACUAAAGAGAAAAUUGUCAGGAUCAGAAAAUUCCUGCAGUUUGGCUGUUUUGACCUAAAAUUUGAAAUUAAUUUUGAAUUCCUGACAAUUUUUACUAUAGAAAAUAAUCCUAUAUGUUUGCUUCAUGUUCACAAUUCUAAUGUGUGUUCUUCAGUUUUACCCCAUUUUAUUAUUGAGAUUAUAACAAGUGCCAUCAAUACCAUAGUUAAUAGAAAGGAAAGCCUUGGUCUUGUAAAACAUGUCAAAUAAAUCAAGGCAGCAACUCUGAAGUUUUACAGUGUUUUUUUCAGAGCACUGCUUGCUGUAGCGUGGAGUUGGGCAGAGCUCCAAAGGUGUAACAUGAACACAAGUUCAGAGCUAGCUUAACUAGUUCAUUCAACUUCCUCCUCCUGUGCUCAUUACUGCUUUGUAGCAGUUACCAUAGACCUGCAUAAAGACACAGAACAGGGCUUUGCUUCAUUUCUACAGAUCAUGGCUCCUUUCGGAAAAAACUAUUGUUGAAAGCACAGCAUAAGCCUAGGUAAUACUCUAUAUUAAUAGAUGGGAAAGUGCACUUCUGCUAUAUAGCAGGUAGUGCUAUUAAGUAUCUUUCCAAUAUUUAUCUAAAUGUAUUUUUUUGUACAGCUGAUUGCAAACUGAAUGUAUGAUUGAGUAGUAAGUAGUAUGAUGUAUUAUUUUUGUAUUUAAUAUAGUGGGAAUGUAUUGGGGGCAAUUAGUUACACUAAUUGUGAUGGCAGACAAUAGCCUGUGAAUUAUGCUUUUCUAAUGCCGCCUAGUAGCUGAAGAUUUAUAAUUUAUUAGAGUAAUAUACAUACAAUAUUGGGGUCUCUGCUGGGUUUUUAAAAAUAGAAAAUGAAUUUUUGCCUUCAUUGCUUUACGUGGGUAAAUAAUGCAUACCUGGCUUUUACCCUUUAGCAUGACUACAGAUGGAUAAUAUUCUUUCAUUUGGAAAAAGUCUUGUGUACUGUUAGAUAUAUUUCAAAUUAUGUUGAUAUUUUUGAUAGAAGAUGAUUUAAGUUGAUGCCAUUUUAUUUAUAUUUAGUUUAUUCCUAUUAUGCCAGUAUUUGGAAUGUGAACUUGGGAUGCCUACUGCACCAACACAAUAUUAUUCAAAAAUGAAUUUAGGAUUGUAGAUAACUUGUUCUAGUCAUUUCAGUUGGAAAACUAAAUUCACUGGAGUUACUGCCAAUGUCUAAUCAUAGAUAGAUCAAAUAAACUAGAAAGUUUUCCGAUGUGCUCAAGAAACCAUGAAAUCGAAUUAAAAGAAUGCUUUCUGAGUUUGACUUUUGUACUAUAUUUUUGUCUGAGCCCACAGGUUGCUUAAUGUACAAAAACUAGGAAAAAUUCCUUAAGCAAUCCUAUUACAUGGCAGCUUAAAUUGUUUAUUCUUGAGGAAUUAACAACCCUCUCCUAGCCUGAUGGCAGAGGAACAUUAGGGAAAAAACUAAUUAGACAAUUAGUGUCUGCUGCUAGCCGAAACAAUUUUAAAAAAGCCAUCAUAUUCUAUUGUGCUAUACCCAGGAAUGAUCUAAACAAAAUGAGCAGUUAGCCAGAAGUGACGGUAAAACCAGGAGGGACUCAACGAGUGACCCCUACUGCAUAUACUACCAUAGUAUAGAAUGGAGGAUGAUAUAUAUGUAUAUGUAUAUAUAUAUAUAUAUAUAUAUAUAUGGUAAAGUUAAAUAUAAACAAUCACUUUUAUAAAUAAACCAGAGGAUCUUUGGAAUGUCCAUUUUCCAAUUUCUUAUAUACUAGGUAGUGGUCACAGGCGACUGACUCUGAUAUUACAAACAUCACAUGUGAAAACAGAUAUGAAACAAAAAACAAACAAAAACAAAUCUCGCUAUUUGACAAUUUUUAAUAUUCUACUUGAAAAUAUGAAAUAAUUCACAAUUAAAUAAAAAAAUGCUGAACAAUAUGAUUUUCUAUGUCAAAAGGAUUGCAACUAAAUUCACUAAUUAGUGCAGCAUAUAGUACUCCAUAAGCAUUGUGGUUUCAAUGGCUCAACAAAAAGCCUUUUUACUGGUGUAAGUAUUGUCUACUCAGGACCAGACUAACAUAGUGGUGGGUGAAGCUCCAGUUUCAAGCCAAUCCUGUUCUGAUAGGCUCACACUACUGGAUAACCUAUCAAUCUUGAAGUUAGUUCUUGCCUCUUCUCCAGAUUAAUAUCCAAUAAGAGCACGUUUAGGAAUAAAGCUGAAGUGGGAAUGCCGUUGCAGACUUCUUUGAGAAGGUGAGACAUACAUGCUGUAGUGAUGCUGUAGUUGUUAUGGUGCCCAUUUUAAGCCUUUAAACCAUUUUAGAAUAGUUUGACUUCUUACUUGCGUCUGUUUUCACCACCAUCACAUCAACCAGAGUGCCAAAUUCCUAUGUCUGAACUAAGCCCUGCACUGCAAUCAGUGUUCUCAGUCAACGAGUUAACCCAGCACUGCAGGGUUUAGCUUAGGAGCGCAAAUGGAAGCUCUUAAGCAUGAGUCUCCGGCUCGCUUCCUGAGGUAGUGGAAGCCGGGAGCAGCACCUGGCAAACCCAGGUAAGAAGGCAAACUGUUGUUUGUCUACAUACAAUGAGGAGCACCAAGGUACUCCAGUCACCAUAAGAACUAUAGCUAUUUACAAUGGUUAUAGUGCUUGGAGUGCUACUUUAUAUAUUUAUGCAACUGGGCCCAUCAAAACUUUCAGUACCAGAACCAUCAUGCCCUCAAUCUGGCACUGAGUCUAGUGAGACCAGGGGUUUGGUUUGGUUCCCCCACUUUGUUGCUAAUUUUAAACUAAGAACAAAAUAUAUUGUUUUUAUUGUUUAUUUUUAUUAUUAAGCUAAUACAGAUUUGUAUUUCUUGGUGAAGCCUGGUUUCUUGCUAUCUGUUGUUUGGGUGCCAAAUUGCUUUUUCCAAUUGUUUAAAAAUAGGCUGAAGAGGCUUUUCAUUAAAGGAUCAGUGGGCUGUAGUGGUUAUGGUGUUUGGAGUGUUCCUCCUGAUGAACCCUUUGAUGCAUGAUACAUAAUAUGCACAAUGAGCAAUGCAACUUUGUAAUAAUGACCAUCUAAACCGUGUUCCCUUGCAUACAAAAGUAGAAUUGCUUGUUAGAGUUUGUUUUUUUAUUAUUAUUAAUAUUAUUAUUGUUAAUAAUAACUUUAGUUAUAGUUUAUUUAUGUAAUAUAAUCUAAUUUAGCCAUAGGAUUUAUGUAAAUAAAGGAAGGUUUGCACUUAGUCUAUUCACCUUGUGUUAUAAUUCCAAGUAAUGCCAUCCCAUGGUAAGUAGUACAAAUAUUUUUGAAUGGUUUGACAUGUCCCUUUAGAUGCCCACAAUCUAGCUUUCCUUUCUGGCAUAUCUAAACUAAAGGUUUGGAUGGAAUUCAUUAAAAAAGAGCAUCAGUUAUCACUUUAGGACAAUGAAUAAGAACCAGAAAUGGGCAGAAUGGACUUCACUAAUGUACCACACUGUAGUGGUCAUGGUGUCUAGACUGCCCCUUUAAUAAUCUGUAGACAUUUUACGCUCAUAGAAAUAUCAUAAAUAUGCAUAUAUAAAAGAUAAACAAAUACAACGGUUGAUAAAUGCAAAUGUUUUUAUAAACACCUUAUAUUUUCCAGCAACUUUUCUAGCAAUUAAGAAAACUCCCACAGAAUCCAGUUAUUUUUCAUAAUGUUAAGUCAGUUAUAUUCUAUAAAAAUAAUACUUACAGAAAAAAAUAUACAAAGUUACUAAUAAAAUGCACAAAGGAAAAUUCAAUAGCAACAUAAUGUCACCAUAUCAUAGAGGGAGAUUUAAGAAUUCACCUUGUAACUUAAUCGUUUGGUUUUAAUGCGUACAUGUUUCACUCUGUUCAGUUUAACACAAUCAUUUUUUUCUCUGACUCACACCAAACUAACCAGUCAGGGGGCAGACUGUAUAACUCAUUGAAAAUAAAUCUUUUGUAGAAAAUAAUGAAUGACAUGAACCAAUUGAAGCUAAAUAAUUGAGUUUCUCUCCAGCUCAGAGGAUCAUAUUACAAAGAUAUCUUUCCUUCAUACGCAAUAAGUUAACUGCAGCACAAGUACAUUUUCUUUAAAUAUGCCAUGUCACUAGUUUUUGUUCUAUAGUUUCAUUUUUCUUAUAUUAAAGAUUAAAUUCAGUAAAUAAAUAUCACAGGUAACAUUGUUCAAUUAUGGAGACUACAGCUUAGAAAUGUUAAGAAUCACAUAUUCCAUAAUAUUUUUUCAUGGCCUCUGGACAAAAUCUAAUCACCUAAAUUGGUGUUUAUAUAGUUAUUAUUACUUAUAAAUAUAUCUAAUAUCAUAAUUACGAUAUUUUGUAAGGUCUAAUUCAUCUUGUGCCACUAUCGCCCCCAUUUUGUUAUGCCACCCCCAAACAAAGAGAUUUGCCAUGUUGUUAUACCCUCCCCCCCAAAAAAAAAUGUAUAUAUAUUUUGGGGAUAACAACAUGGCACAUCUCUGUGGCACAUAUAUAUGCUGUUAUCCCCAAAAUAUAUAUUAUGAGAGAACAUGUGACUCUGUGUGUGUGUGUGUGUGUGUGUGUGUGUGUGUUUGAGACUGUGAUUGUUUCAGUGUUGCUGUGUACAUUUGACUGUAAUUGUGGGUGUGUAUAUAUGAUUGUGUGAUUGCAUGUCUAUGUAUGUAAACAACUGUGUGUAUAUGUCUGUGUGUGUCUCUGUAUGUAUAAAUGAUAAUUAUAUAUGUAUGUGCAUGGAGCAUGUUGUCUGGCAGCAGAACAAGAAUUCUCACCACCUUGCCGUUCUCUUUCUUAACUCUUUCUUCCCGGCUACUGAACAAAAGGGGGCUGCGCUUCUCCUUUCCUCUUGCCCCACCACUUGCCCGCUCAAUCCUGUCGCAUCUCACCUUAUCAGAUCUCUCUCCCCCUGUCUUGUGGCUUCCUUAACACACAUCUUCAACUGCUCUCUCUCUCUUCUGGUGUUGUCCUUGCUGACCUUAAUCAUGCCACUGUAAUACCUAUCCUGACCUCUUGACCCAUCCUCCCCCUCUAACUAUUGUCCCAUAUCCCUGCUGCCUUUUUCUUCAAAGCUUCUGGAAAGACUUGUCUUUACCUGUAUGUCUCACUUCCUCAAUUCCAACUCUCUGCUUGGCCCUCUUCAAUCUGGCUUCUGCCCUCUUCACUCUACUGAGACUGCACUUAUCAAAGUUACUUACCGCAGCUAAAUCUAAAGGCCACUAUUCAAUACUAAUUCUUUUUGACCUCUCUACUGCCUUUGACAACAUUGAUCAAGCUCUCCUUCUUCAAACUCUUCAAUUACUCGGUCUCUGUGACUUUGUCCUCUUGUGGUUUUCCUCUUAUCUCUCCCAAUGCGCAUACAGUGUCUCCUUUUCUAAUGAUACCUCCUCCCCUCGUCCUGUCUCUGUUGGAGUCCCCCAAGGCUCUGUCCUUGGUCCCCUUCUAUUUUCUCUUUAUACUGCCUCUCUUGGCAAACGUAUUACCUUAUUUGGAUUCCACUACCACCUGUACGCUGAUGACACCCAGAUAUAUCUCUCCUCCCCGGGCCUCUCCCCUGCUGUCCUGCAACGUGUCACUGCUUGCCUUUCUUCCAUCUCUGACUGGAUGUCCUCCCACUUUCUGAAACUCAAUCUCCCACUUUCUGAAACUCAAUCUCUCUUAAACUGAACUCCUUGUCUUUCCUCCUCCUAAUACUGAUUCUCCUCUUUCGCUCUCCCUUCAGGUUAGUGGUAUCCACAUCAAUCCAUCCUUGCAAGUGCGCUGUCUUAUCAUCAUGCUUGAUUCUGGCCUCCACUUUGAGCUUCACAUCCAGUAUGUUGCCAAAUCCUGUAGAUUCCACCUUAAAAACAUAGCCCGCAUCCACCCCUUUCUUACACAAGAUGCUACUGAGGAGCUUGUCCAUGAUCUAGUAAUUUCCUGCAUUGAUUAUUGUAACCCUCUCCUAAUUGGUCUUCCCAAAAGGUGUAUUGAGCCACUACAGUCUGUAAUGAAUGCUGCCGCCAGAUUGAUUUUCCUCUCUAGUCAGUCCUCUCACACCUCACCCCUCUGCCAUUCCUUACAUUGGCUUCCUGUAUCCUAUAGAGUUAAUUCAAAGUGCUAACCCAUACCUAUAAAGCACUGAACAAUUCUAGCCCCUCUUAUAUCUCUUCACAGAUACAUAGGUAUGCCCCUUCUCGGUUUCUCCGCUCUGCCCGUGACCUUCUUCUGUCCGCUGCUCGCACCCGUACUGCCAACUCACGCUUGGAGAAGUUCUAGCGGGCGGCUCCCUUCCUAUGGAAUAGCCUGCCUACCACCAUCAGCCUCUCACCUAGUCUUUAAUCAUUUAAGAGGUGCCUUGAAACCCAUCUCUUUAGGAAAGCUUAUAGCCUCCGAGAGUAACCUCUACCUCACAUACCUGUCUCUUGCUCUCCUAAAGGGCAUCACUUUACUCUCUCCUCCAGCUCUGAUUCACUCCCACCUUAUUUGAUUGCUAUCUCCGGACCUUAUGUGUUUUAUACCCUACCUCCUAUAGACUGUAAGCUUGUUUCAACCUAUUGUUCCUGUAAGUUUUCUUGUAAUCGUCCUAUUUAUAGUUAAAUCCCCCCUCUCAUAAUAUUGUAAAGCGCUACGGAAUCUGUUGGUGCUAUAUAAAUGUCAAUAAUAAAAAUAAAUAAUAAUAAUAAUAAUAACUCCAGUUGUAGCAAUACCACGCAGUUGUGAUUGCAAUAACCUGCCUCUUUCAAAAAAGCUCAUGACAGAAUCCAUGCAUGUCAUUUGGGGGACAGCUCCUUAAAAACAACAAAUCAGAGUUGGAAUGAGGCAAAAAGUUGCACCGUAAAAGUACCAUAACCUGUGCACUAAGCAUUUGUAGUUAUUGUGCUUUGAUUGUCCCUUAACAUUUGUAGUUACAAAGAAUGCAGACAUACCUUCUCUGCACUCUCAUGUGUUUGCCCUUUAAACUAACAAACGCAAUACAUAGAACUGCCGUGAAUAAUCUCUCGUUUUCAGAAUGUUUCCCAGAAAACAUACCAAAAGGCAAUGUUAUAUAAAACGGAAAUUUGCAGUCAUCAGUCCUAAAAAAAUUAAUUUUUAUUCCAUGUCUGUGAACUUUAUACAAACUAUUUUCAAAAAAUGAAAUAAAUGACUCAUCUCCAAUAUCAAAGGUUCAGGGCAAAAAUAAAAGUAGCACAUUUUGAUGCAUAUUAAAACUAUAACCAUACUAAAAGAUAACUAAUUUGAAAAGGAUAUGCCUUUUAUUCAGAGCCAAACAUACUUAGUGAUCAUGGCAACAGAGGGAUAGGCAUGGCACAAAUAUGAGGAAGUAAAAUAAUAGAAAUAUUAAGCAAAUAAAGUUGAAUUCCUUGGCAGACUUUUCUCAGGAGCUAGAAUACAUGAAAUAGAGUUACAUAUGAUUUAUUCAUAGUUUUUAUUAUGGAAGAAAAUAGCAAUGUACAUUCAAGAAUUUUUACCGCCCUUAAGCAAAUUGAUCCCUUUUCCAUGCUUUAGCAAAAUCAAUGUUAUAUAUAUUCCAAGCUGGCAAAUAUAAUAAAAUGAAUAAAGAUUUUCCUGCCCUAUAAAAACAUAAUAAAGGAUAAAGCUUUUCGGUUCUUUUCAAUAAUCUGUGACAUGACUAUAUAAUAUCCAUUAAAUAAAUAUAGCAGAUUUUUCAUUUGCUGAUUAUUAUAUUUUUAAUGUAGAAAUGUAAACUGUUUAAGGAGUCUAACUUCAAAACGGAGUCUUUCACUAUUAUUUUGAGAUAACCAACUUGACCUAUUUAGUUUACAAAAUUUGGGAGAAAAUAAUAGGGAAGAAUAUAAAGUAAAAUAAAGUUGGUGUUGCCUCCAGUACUGUAGCCAUUGGUAUUUACUUGCAAAAACCCUUUUAAAGGACAACUAUCACCAAAUGUUACCUUAUUUUAUUCUUUUUUUAAUGAUGUGUCUUUUUUUUGUAAAAAAAAUGAUUUACAUUUUUUUUAUUUAGUUGAGCAGCUAUGUUGGGUCAGAUUCUACUGUUAUCUGACCAGCUGCUGAUAAGAAAAGUUGGUUUACCAAGUCCAUUACUUUUGCAAGGUAGAAAAUUGUACCUUAAAGGACCACUAUAGGCACCCAGACCACUUCAGCUUUUAUGAAGUGGUCUGGGUGCCAGGUCUCAAGAAUAGGUUUAAGUGGUUCAAUUUCUGGUCUGGGUAAACAAAGCAGUGUCAGAGAAACUGUUAUGUUUACUUUAGGGUUAAUCCAGCCUCUAGUGGCUAUCUAAUUCAGUGUUUCCCAACCCAGUCCUCAAGGCACACCUACCAGUCCAGGAUUUAGGGAUUACCCAGUUGUGUCUAAGGUGUUUUUACAAAGAAGAAAAAAAACACCUUAGACACAACUGAGUAAUCCCUAAAUCCUGGACUGGUAGGUGUGCCUUGAGGACUGGGUUGGGAAACACUGGUCUAAUUGACAGCCGCUAGAGUCACUUCUGUGCUUCUCACUGUGAUUUUUCACAGUGAGAAGACGCCAGCGUCCAUAGGAAAGCAUUGAGAAUGCUUUCCUAUGAGACUAAAAACAGAACAAAGAGUAAGCGCAAGCUAAUAUGGGGGCAGCAACCCUAUAAGGGAAUCCCUCAAGAACCCUUAAGAAUAACACAGAGAGAAACAGAAUAAAAAAUAAGGGCUGCGCCAAUACACAAAUAAAAAUAGCAAAUAGUCCAAAUAAAUAGCUGUAGUAAAACAAAAAAAUCUUAUCUAAAAUAUGCUCUUUGAGGUCAUGGGAUCUAUCCGUGCUUGAUCCGGAGCAAUUGUCCUUUAUAUGUUCAUCCGUGAGAAUCCACUCAUAUAUAGAAGAAAAAAAAAAGGUGGAGAGCCAAUAGUGUAAAAUGUUUAAAACAAUAAAAAUGAAUAAAAUGGGAGGAAUAAAACUCACAUUUGAAAGAGCUAAACUUGCUCUAGUAUAGAAGGCGUACAGCGGUUUGAUCCCCGCUUAUGGGAUAUAGGGUGGAUUUCCUCCGUCAGUGGUGUAUCCGACACUCGGGUAGAAAGAAACAACCAAUAGUGUACACUGGAUAAAAUGUUGAUAAUAAAAUAGAAUUAAAAAUGGGUACUCACAAGGCGGGAGCAGAACGACUGCUCCUUGACGUAGCGCUGGUGGUAUAAUCCCCACCUAGGAUUUCUUGGAGUCCGGGAUGUUGAGAGAAUGCCAGGUGAUAAGUAAAUAUAGAGUGUAUAAAAGGAUAAGUGGCACAGAUAAAAAGUAACCAAAUAUACUUUAAUAUAUAUAAAAUACACAAUUAAAAGUCCAUAAACGCGUUUCGCCAUAUUGAUAACGCCAUUGUUGGCGAAACGCGUUUAUGGACUUUUAAUUGUGUAUUUUAUAUAUAUUAAAGUAUAUUUGGUUACUUUUUAUCUGUGCCACUUAUCCUUUUAUACACUCUAUAUUUACUUAUCACCUGGCAUUCUCUCAACAUCCCGGACUCCAAGAAAUCCUAGGUGGGGAUUAUACCACCAGCACUACGUCAAGGAGCAGUCGUUCUGCUCCCGCCUUGUGAGUACCCAUUUUUAAUUCUAUUUUAUUAUCAACAUUUUAUCCAGUGUACACUAUUGGUUGUUUCUUUCUACCCGAGUGUCGGAUACACCACUGACGGAGGAAAUCCACCCUAUAUCCCAUAAGCGGGGAUCAAACCGCUGUACGCCUUCUAUACUAGAGCAAGUUUAGCUCUUUCAAAUGUGAGUUUUAUUCCUCCCAUUUUAUUCAUUUUUAUUGUUUUAAACAUUUUACACUAUUGGCUCUCCACCUUUUUUUUUCUUCUAUAUAUGAGUGGAUUCUCACGGAUGAACAUAUAAAGGACAAUUGCUCCGGAUCAAGCACGGAUAGAUCCCAUGACCUCAAAGAGCAUAUUUUAGAUAAGAUUUUUUUGUUUUACUACAGCUAUUUAUUUGGACUAUUUGCUAUUUUUAUUUGUGUAUUGGCGCAGCCCUUAUUUUUUAUUCUGUUUCCUAUGAGACUGGCUGAAUGUGCGCGCAGCUCUUGACGGGGAAAGGAGGAGGAGAAUCUCCAGCACCGAGGGAGCCCGGCGCUGGAGAAAGGUAAGUGUUUAACCCUUUCCUCCCCAACCAGCCCAGCGGGAGUGGGACCCUGAGGGUGGGGACACCCUCAGGGCACUAUAGUGCCAGGAAAACGAGUAUGUUUUCCUGGCACUAUAGUGGUCCUUUAAUGGAAUCUUGGUAUGCACAAAGCUUAAGCAGCUGAAAGAUCAAAAGUAAGAAAAGCCCUUUUAAAUGUUGGUCUUUCAGCUGUGUUUAAGACACUGCACUCCCUAAAUGCACCUCUAAGUCAAGUAGUAGAAUAAUAAUUAUCAUAUAACUUUUUAUUUUAUUAUUAUUAAUUUAUUUUGUAAUAUUUUUAACUUUUUAUAUAUAUUUUUUUUAAAUGUAAGUUUUUUAAAGUAUAUUUAUAAAUACAUAUAUAUAUAUAUAUUUAUAUAUAUUUAUAACAUAAUUUAACUAUUUUUAAUUCUUUUAUUUUUUUGUUUUGAAAAGUUUUAUAUAUUUUGAGCUUCGAUUUUCAGAACUCUUGCAGAGAUUAUAUGAGUGAAAAGUGAGUUAGGGUAGUAAUCAUUCUUAAGGGUGAGAGAGGCUUUACGGACUAUAUUUCAAUCUGCAUAGGAUAAAAAGAAAAAGUUCUUCCGCAGGUAAGAAGCAGUAAGGAGAUCCAAGAUACCACUGUGCUGAUAUCCUUUUGGGGAUUUAACUUGCUCAACCUAUUUUGUCCGCAACGACUUCUUCAGGAAUACAUGUUUACUCUUCCAUGUCCGAUGUUUAAAUAAGCCGGUUGAUGUCUCUUCUGUGCGUCUUACCUGCGGAGUAAAUUUUUCUGGUAUUCAGAGGUACAGACUGCAAGCUGGUAUUACUGGGGACUUAGCCUAAUUGUAGGCAGAAAACACUUUUGCACAAUGAAUGUUUUUAAUUGUUCCAAUAUUGUUGUGAGUGUUCCUUGUAUUGGCUUUUACCCACUAUUGUAAUUAAAGUUUGCACUACGAUUCUCUUUAUGUUUUUCUCUUUCAUGGGAGGUUGCAUUUUCCUCUCCAAGGUGGUAACUAUAAUCUGCCUCACGUUUGUGAUUGUGGCACCCUUCACUGUAUUUUAACUUUGGGUUAUGUACAGUUUUUUUUUUUUUUAAAGUGAAAUUAUUUCAAAAUUGACCCUUUUUUAAAUUUGUGAAUAUUCACUCAAAAGAUUAUUCUUUGAAAUGUACAAAUCCAUCAGUGUGAACAGUAAGAUAGUGACCCCUGGAAGUCCUGCAGGUAAGUGAUCACAUACAAAAGAAGAGACCUGUAUCAACCAAGAGAGAGCUUCAGGCUCCUUUAAUUCCCACAUAAAUUGAGUAUAGAUUAAAUUCUCUCUAAUUCACCUAUAGACAGUCAGAAACCUAGUAAUUGUUCAUUAACCCUUUACUCUUCUAAUAUGUUUAAGGGAAUAGGGCAACCAUUUAGGAUUUCAGAUUAUAAAUCCAUAGUACAUCCUUAAUUCUUAAAACCACCAGCAGACACAUUGAGAAUGAAAGAAGAAAUUAUUACAAUAUUUUGAGAGGGGGGAUGUAACAAUAAAUAGGACAAUUACAAGAAAACUUACAGGAACAAUAGGUUGAAGAGGACCCUGCUCAAACGAGCUUACAGACUAUAGGAGGUGGGGUAUUAGAAACAUUAGGACAUGAAAUAUCAAGUAGGAGUGAAGCAGAGCUGGAGGAGAGAGCAAAGCACUGUCCCAUAGGAGAGAGCAGGAGACAGGUAUGUAAGGUAGAGAUUACUCUGGGAGGCCAUAAGCUUUCCUGAAGAGAUGGGUUUUAAGGCCCUUCUUAAAUGAUUGAAGACUAGGGGAGAGUCUAAUGGCAGUAGGCAAGCUAUUCCAUAGGAGAGGAGCUGCCCGCGAGAGGUCCUGCAAGCGCGAGUUGGCCGUACGGGUGCGAGCAGCGGUCAGGAGGUGGUCACGGGCAGAGCGGAGGGUACGAGGAGGGGCAUAUCUAUGGAUUAGUGAAGAGAUAUAAGUGGGGCUAGAAUUGUUCAGUGCUUUAAAUGUAUGGGUUAGCACUUUGAAUUGACUCCUAUAGCAUACAGGGAGCCAAUGGAAGGACUGGCAGAGGGGUGAGGUGUGAGAGGACCGACUAGAGAGGAAAAUCAGUCUAGCUGCAGCAUUCCUUACAGACUGUAGCGGGGCAAUACGGCUUUUGGGGAGACCAAUCAGGAGAGGGUUACAGUAAUCCAUGCGGGAAAUUACUAGAGCAUGGACAAGCUCCUUGGUAGCAUCUUGCGUAAGAAAGGGGCGAAUGCGGGCUAUGUUUUUGAGUUGGAACCUACAGGACUUGGCAACAAACUGGAUGUGAGACUCAAAGUUGAGACCAGAGUCAAGUAUGACGCCAAGACAGCGCGCUUGCAGGGAUGGACUUAUGUGGAUAUCACUGACUUGAAGGGAGAGCAAGAGAGGAGGAUCAGUAUUAGGAGGAGGAAAGACAAGGAGUUCAUCUAAACUUAGGCAUGUCUGGUUUGUGAGUAUUUCAUUUGUACUGACGAAAUUAUUAAAACCGUAUUUAGGGAUAAAUAUCCAGGAAUAUAUUUUGGUCAAUAUUAUUUUAUGAAGAACUAAUCAUGUCAAAUUAAAUUGCACUCUAUAGAAUGGCAACUCGAAUAUAAAUCAGAAUUUUUCAGUGCGUAUUAUCCAAAGAUGUAUAGAAAAAAAGGGGACGAUCUGCUAAACAAAUAACAAGAACAGUGCAUAGCGCAUAACUGUGUAUAUGAAUAAACCAAAUGUGUAGUUUUCAAAUGGCCACUCACACUUUCGUUGAAAUAUAAAUGCCUUGGAACUGAAUUGCUCUUUUCAGCAAAAUUGCUCUUUUCAGCAUAAAUGCCCUUCCAGGAAUGAUUCUUCCACCACUUUUAAACUCUCAUGGAAUAGUUAAAAGGUGUGUGCUCAAAGAAAAAAAAGAACUUGUAGUACAUAUUUAAAAAUGUAGAAAAAAUAAUUUAAUCACUUACAUCUAAAUAUAAAACAAUGGAUGUAUUCUCACUGUCACCACCAGGGAACCUGAUACUGUGAUACACAGAAUAUUACUGUACAAAUUGAAAGAGAUAGGUUUAUAACAUCAUGUUGUGCUGUGAUUGAAAACUAUCUUAAGAAUUGACUGCAAGGAGUUGUUAGGUUUCCCUCUUAACCAGCUGAUAUAUGCUUUCACUGGUGAAAUGGGAAAAAAAAGUCGAGAGAACCAAACAUCAAAAGCAAUAUUUGCUUUAGUGCUCAGUAACUUAAAAAGACAGGCUUUUAUUCUGCCUAUUCAAAAGGAAUAGCACCUUGAUUUGGUGCAAGAUAUCCAGGAGCUGUUUUGCCCAAAGAUGGCUAUUGUGUAUAUAAUUGUACCAGAUAUGUUACGGAAAAAGGUCCAAAUAUUUAGAGUCUGUAUAUAUUGUAAAAUGCCGGUAUACGUAAAUUGUGAUUUAUUGAUAACAUGCCAGAUAUGUAUAUAAGUCAUAGCUCGGCAUCCAGCCUCCGUCACGUCUCUGAUGAAGUCGGGCUGACACCCACGAAACGCGUUAGACAGACAGUUAGCAGUGAGCAGGAUACGAAGCACAGUUGAACCGGCAGAAGGAACUCUUCUCUUCCAACGAGAAAGAACUGUCAAUCAGGGGACCGACUGGCGGACAACACCUACCACCCAGAGUGAGGUCUGGGACGCAUGCCAACCCCAUCGGCAGCCGGCAAGUACAGAGACUUAUUUCUGAUACAUAAUAUCCAUAUCCAUCCUAGCCGGUUUUUAUGAUUGUUUAAGGAACAAGACUACCCUCCUGCUGGCAAUUUUCUUGCAAACCGUUCCUGAAUCGUAUUUUUACAGUAUUUUUAUAAUCUUUUAUAUAUUUUUAUACUUUGGAAUUGUAAUAAAUUUUCUACUAUAACUUCUAAUCAUUUCCACUUUUUAGUGUUUUUUUCUAAUUCUGAAUUUUUGUAAUUCUCAUUAUACUUUAAAAUAGUACCAAGUUUUGGUUUGUACAAUUAUAAGAUACACUCUUGGGGCACUAUUUAGUCAGUCUGCCCGUAGCAGAUUUAAAGAGACACUCACCUGGAACAAUUGUGUCAUUACACUGUUGUGUGACACUAAACCAAAUAUAAAAUAGAAAACAGCUAUCUAUGCUGCUAUUCUAUACUAUAUAGUCACUUAUGUGAAGUAGAGCAUUUGGUGUAUACCGUAUUGAAUCUGCCUAUAACAGAUUUAAAGUUGUACACCCCAUACAUGUUUUUUCCGUAACAUAUCUGGUACAAUUAUAUACACAAUAGCCAUCUUUGGGCAAAACAGCUCCUGGAUAUCUUGCAUCAAAUCAAGGUGCUAUUCCUUUUGAAUUACAUUUGUCCGGACAGGUACUUGGUGAAUUCCUGUCUUUGUCCAGUUUUUGAGCGACCCAUCACAAGUCAGACUCCCUCAGCUCUGUGUGUUGCAUUAGGCAUACCUGAUUUUUAUAUUUUUAUUCUGCCUAGCAUAACAUAAAUUGUUACAACCAUGGGACAGCCAAGGAUAUCUGAUAUUAUUACCCUUGGCUUCCCAAAUGGUUCCCCUCUUUGAGCCCUGUCUGGAUUCAAUAUUCCUGUCCAGAUUACUGAGCACAUUGUGGCAAAACUAGCCACUUAAUAGUAUUCAAGACUGAGUUGGUUCGACUAUUUGGGGUUCCCGAACAGAAUAAAGACAUAAUGUUCGUCAGUUGAACCAUCUACCGAAUAGUAAGACCACCCAGGGGAGUCGUGUGCCUCCAAUUGACUAUGUUCACACCGAGAAACUGCAAGAUUCUAAAUGGUCGGAUGGGUGGCCAUCAUUCAUAUGACUGAACACGUGGUGGCGGCCAUCUUUGUUCAUGAACAGACAGCAGUGUUUGGUCUUUGAACGCAUGGAACUAUAAUUGGACACUCGACGGCGCGAACACUGCUGAACUUCCAUCCUCCUGUAUGAUCAUUCCCAUUCACCUAAACAGAGCGGCAUUCGAAUGAACGAAACGAACGACCACAAGGCACACGACCUCCUAUUACAUGAACAUUUGCAUUCGUUAUUUUAAUGGUAAAAACUCCCGAAAAAAGACCGGUCAAAGCAUACAACCACCUGGAACUAUUUUGGGGCUUCUCCUUGUGGUUGACCGGUCUAAACUUCACUCAAAUGGCGUUCCUAUUCUACCAAACAGAUCUAAGCGCUUUUUUGACAGAGUGGGCGUUCAGAUCCCUGCUAUUCAGUGAAAUUCGUGGAGUUUUGACUAAUAUUAUAUGAGUUAUUAUGGUUUGAAAUAUUGUUUAUUGUUCUGUACUUGGGAGAUAAUCUAAUUAAAGAAUUGUCCUUACUCAAUUAUCUUCCAAGUACAGAGAAGGAGUCUGGGAAAUGUGACUUUGUUCCCUGUCCCCAACAAGAAGCCCCUUGCAUAGGGAAUUGUAUAAAAGCCAGCAGUGGCUCAAUAAAAACCAGCUGACUCCCAAAGCUGUGUAUCAUCCGCUUAUUGGGGAAUUUGGAUAGGAUUCUCUUGGAUUUUGUACAAAUCUACCAGCAGAGAUAUUGAUGUGAAUAUUGCAGCUCCGCUACACACACAUAUUUUUAUAUUUGACUAUCAUAUAACAAUCAUUGUUAUACAGUGUAUUUUAAUUAAUUUUGGUUGUAUAUCUUAUAUAUCAUUUUAACUGAUGGUUUCUUAAAGAGAUCGUGCUAGGUCAGAAAACUCUGUGCCUCAUCAAUUAAAGUACUUCUACAACUGUUAUUUUUUAUAUUUAAUUUUACAUCUUUUUUAUUUUAAAAUGUUAUUUUAUUUUAUUUUUUAAUUUUUUAACAGCUUAUUUCUUUGAAUAUACAAAUAAUUGUCUUUACGCCACAUGUGUACAGUUUUUAUUAUAUAUUAAUGAAUAAGAAUGUUCAUGUUUUGAUUGUUACAUAUUGUAAAAUAUCUUGGUGACCAUGAAAUAUACAUUUAUUUUUUUUAUUAUUCUUUAUUUUGUUUGUGCAGAUAAACAUGGAGUGUGCAUUGCCACCACAGCUGGUGUGAACAUAUUUGCAAUCACAUGUGUGUACAUGGCAUCAAAGACAUUGCACAUUUUUUAUGUAUAGAGAGAUAAACAAGAGUAUAACGUAGGCUUCAAAAUAAAUGCACAGAAUCAGAUGUGUGUCACGCUUAGUAGCUUAGUCUGCGUGGCUAGUUCGUAAGCUAUAGAGUGGACUUAACUAUAAGUUCAGAGAGCUGUACUAAGUCCGCAAAAAAGGAAAGAGACAUCGCUUCAAAUGUGGUCUUUGACCACUACCAGGGUUGCAGUUUUAUCCUUCUUAUGUUGUAAACAAAUUAUGAGAUCAUGGGGGGCCGCCGUUGGGGCUCUGGCUUGCUUUGGGACUCUGAAGAUGCCAUCUAAGCUUAUGGCCUUGGCCUGCCACAGCGUUAACAGUGCUGUCAGGAGCCUUCGCGCGAAGUGCGGUAGUUAAGCUGCCAGCAUAUCAUCAGGUACUCCCUGUAUUUUUAGGUUGUUCACCCGCUGUGUGUCCUCCAGUGAGGCGCUCUGCAAAUCCUUGAUCUCCUGUUGCAUGGAGGUAAUGUAGGCAGCAUUUGCAGCGGAGGUGUCCUCCAGGGCGCCCAGCCUCCCUGUUAUUCCUUGGAUGUCCAUGUGGAGGUUAGCCAUGUCCACCUGGAUUGUGGAUUUGAGGUCCGCCAAUAGUGCUUUGAGCACCGACAUAGUGACAGGUGCAGUAUCAGGGGUCCAGGGGUUUGGCUGUGGCUACUGACAAACUGGGUGAGCCGGCUGUUUCCUCUCCCAGGGAGAAGUCAUCCGAUAGUUCAGAGUAUGUCUCUGGGUGGUCGGCCAUCUUGGGCUUAGUUGCUCCGUGAGCUUACCUCCACAUGGCUCCGAUAUCGAAGCCUUGUCUCGGCUGAUCGUGUUUCUGCUUUUUGGUCUUCCGACCCAUGCUGGUUCAUCAACUUCUGCCCAGUGUUUGCAGCUGUUUUGGACAGUUUUUUCGGCCGGAUUAGGGUGAUAAAUAGUUGAAAUCGCAGGAGCUCCGGUGCCAUGCGACUUCUCUGCUCUACAGCUAGGCUCCGCCCCAUUUUUGUUUUUUUAUUUAGUUUUUCCCUUUUUUUCUGGUUGUUUUCUUUUCUUUUUUUCUUGGUUGCACUUUUUUUCUUAUAGACUGUUUGAUAAUACAGAGUAAAGUGUUUGUUUUUUUUUAAGUUAAAUUUGAUGUUUGAUGUCAGGGUAGCUCACUUAUACACUAUAGCUACACAUUCUACACUAUAGUAGGACCACAAUUCUUAUUAAUUGAUUAAUUUUACCAUCAAUGUAAACAAGAUUCUCCAGCUCACUCUACUUUAGCCUAUCCAUACUCUAUAUUUUGACAUUUUAUGUUUAGGUACUAGAAUACUAAUUGGACAAAUUAUAUGUACAAUUAAUAUUCCAGGUACUCCACGUUGGUUCAUGUGCUAUUUGAACAUUGCAGCCGACCUUAGCUGAAUUGUGUUUUCCUUAUCUUGUGCUACUCUAUGAUCAGGUGUGUAACAGGGAACUGCUGGAUCCCAGAGCAUAAAAGCAAACACACACACUCCCACAAUGAGGGAAGCCUAUUUUUUUUUUAUAAAAUUUUUUUUUUACCACCUUCUGACCAGUGUUAAUUUUGUCCACUAACAAUUUUAGUCAUAUUUUAGUCGACUAAAAUGUUUGAGAGUCAGCCGACUAAAACUAGACUAAAACUAAAACAAUUCAGAUGACUAAAAUACGACUAAAACUAAAAUGGCAUUUUAGUCAAAAGACUAUAAUUAAAACUAAAUUAAAAUUAGCCACCAAUAUUAACACUGCACAAAGGGGCUGUGGAAUGGGCAAAAGAGACAGACCAGGGCUUGGGAGAGAGACACCUAGAGGGGCUGGGAGGACACAAAGAGACAUAGAGGGGCUGGGGAAGGAGCAAAAGAGACAGAUGCUUUAACUAAACCAAUUAAAUUUAGUCGACUAAAACUAUAGACUAAAACUAAAACAAUUCAGAUGACUAAAAUACGACUAAAACUAAAAUGGCUUUUUAGUCAAAAGACUAUGACUAAAACUUAAUUGAAAUUUGUUGCCAAAUUUAACACUGCUUCCAACCUUAUCCCUGGUGGUUCAGUGAAGGUAUGAUACAUGGGUGAUGCUGGACACAUCCGUGAGGGAGAUUGUUUUCACACACUCUCCCUGUCUGGCACUCAUUGAUUGAGUCAAAGCGUUGCCACGGUAAUGUGGCAGCAGCACUCUGGGAUCAUGAAGGUGCGCUUACACCAAGUAUUCCUUUGUAAAUUUUAAAAACAGUUAUUUAAGAGCUAUUGCCAGAAUGACAAUAUAUUAAAUAUUAUUUUAAAAUGGAGGCACCUAAUUGAAAUGGGCCCUUUUUGACAGGAGGGACUGCAGUACCCAGUUGCAGAAGUGACCAUAACAACCCUGGUAGUUCUGCCAGUGUGUACGAUACAUUUAUUAUCCUAUCACAAUUGCCCUACCUAGCAGUUAUUAGUAUGGAAAUAUGCCCCAUAUUAACUCAUAUAGCAAUGUUUUUAAUAUGUUGAUAUAUUUUAUCUAUUGUGCUUCAAUCAAAUAAUAAUAUUUUAAGAGCAAUCUAAUUUUGCGCUGUCAUUAUUUUAUAUUUUCAUAUUUUCUGUAUUGUAGUUAGUCACCUAUAACAUUCUUGGGAAGAAUUCAAUCUAUUUUAUUUUGAUAUCACUUUAUAUCCAACAUCCGUAUCUCCCCUAGACUUUCUGAUGGAAGACCAAUACUUGCCUAUGAAUUAUCAUUGGCUGCUAAAGGUAAAGCAUGUACACAUGUUGCAUAGUUACAUAGUUACAUAGCUGAAAAGAGACUUGCAUCCAUCAAGUUCAGCCUUUCAUCACAUUUGUUUUUGGCUGUUGAUCCAAAAGAAGGCAAAAAAAAACCAGUUUGAAGCACUUCCAAUUUUGCAACAAGCUAGGAAAAAAAUUCCUUCUUGACCCCAGAAUGGCAGUCAGAUUUAUCCUUGGAUCAAGCAGUUAUUACCCUACAUUGAAAGAUUAUAUCCUUGAAUAUUCUGUUUUUGCAAGUAUGCAUCUUGUAGCUGUUUGAACAUCUGUAUGGACUCUGAUAAAACCACUUCUUCAGGCAGAGAAUUCCACAUCCUUAUUGUUCUUACAGUAAAAAAAAUUUUCCUUUGCCUUAGACUAAAUCUUCUUUCUUCCAGUCUAAACGCAUGACCUUGUGUCCUAUGUAAAGUCCGGUUUGUAAAUAGAUUUCCACACAAUGGUUUGUAUUGGCCCCAAAUAUAUUUGUAUAAUGUUAUCAUAUCCCCUUUCAGGUGACGUUUUUCUAAGCUAAAUAGGUUUAAAUUUGUUAACCUUUCUUCAUAGCAGAUAUGUUCCAUUCCUUUUAUUAAUUUUGUAGCUCGCCUCUGCACUUUUUCUAGUGCCAUAAUAUCCUUCUUUAGAACAGGUGCCCAAGAUUGCAAAGCAUAUUUAAUAUGUGGUCUUACCAAUGAUUUAUAAAGAGGCAAAAUGAUGUUCUCAUCCCGAGAAUGAAUGCCCUUUUUCAUGCAUGACAAUACAUUACUGGCCUUAGCCACUGCUGAUUGACAUUGCACAUUGUUGCAUAGUUUGUUGUCUAUAUCAAUUCCCAAGUCCUUUUCGUGUGUGGUUAUCCCUAAUUUGCUUCCAUUAAAGGACCACUAUAGGCACCCAGACCACUUCAGCUUAAUGAAGUGGUCUGGGUGCCAGGUCCAUCUUGGAUUAAAGAAAAAAUGGGGAGAAGUCAUCACGUACAAAGACGAAGGAUCCUCCUCAGAACACCACCCCUAAAGAAACGUAUAAAGGCUUACAAAAAAUAAUAAACUUUAUUGAAAAUCCAAAAUACACAAAAUUACUAAAUAAUUAAAAUAAAAAAAACAAAAGAACUAGGUACUGACAAGUAAAUUGGCUGCCAAUCACUGCCUGGUAAAUUCUAUGGUAUUAUAAAUAGGUUUCUUACAGAUGUAGCAAUCCUGCUCAAAACUUAGUUAUAAAUAAUAGAAACAAUGUUGCAAUAUUAACUCACAGAAACCACAACUUACAGAUAAUCAGUAGGUGCCAAAAAGAGCAGUGUGCUGUGCUCCAAUAAAUAAACCAGAGGGCAAAAAAAAGGAUAAAAAGUCCCCCAUGAUAAGCAAACCUUAUCUAAAUAAUCUAUAAUAGGUAUAAAGGGCCAUACCAUAAAACAGUAAGAAAUCGAAAGGACAAAGAAGAGCAUAUAGAGAAAAACAAAGGGAGAAAAAUAAUCCCCAGGGGGGUCCAAAAUAGAAACCAGACACCUCAACUAGAGAUAGCCCUUAUAGAUAUCCAAAUGCCCCUACUAGCACAGAGACCGGCCAGCUAAGGUCUAAUGAAAGCACAGCACAAACUGCAUAUACAGUACACUAGAAAAAUAGUAAAAUCAAAAGUAACAGAAUCGGAAAAGCUUGACGCGCGUUUCGGCAGUCUUACUGCCUUUCUCAAGGGCCAACAAACCAGUCAAAAGAUCCCCCCUCACAUUAAAUAACUCAUAACCCCUCCCACCUACCAGUUGUGGGCCAUCACUGCAGCGGAACAGCCAAUAAUAUCUGCCUGUUAGUCCCCUAGUCUGGCGGGGAAAAGGGUACAGUCCAUGCGCAUGUCCGUGCCGAAAUGUUGGCGCAUGCACGGGGACUUAGUGCAACAAUGUAGAAAAAUACACAAGAAACAUUGUAUCCAUACAACCCCAGUUUAGUGCAUGCAUGCGGAAACAACUAGCAGGAUGUGUUCAUGAAAUUUCAAACACAUGCGUGUAAACUUUAUCUUCAGCAACAUGUAUAAAACAGAACACACCAAAAUCCUGGUGUCUGUAUAUAAAUAUACCAAACAAACUGCUAAGUAACUAAAUUGCCCUGCUUAAACAGAAAGGGUCCAUCAGUGCAAGAAAAGCCUUAGAACCACCUUAGUGGAUACAGACUAACAAAAAUAUCAUCAAACGAAUAUAGAUACAUAUAUAUAAGGCAGAUAUAAACAAUGGCAUAAAUCAAUAAAGCCAUCAAAAGAAAAUGGGUGGGAGGGGGCAGGGGGAGAAAAUACAGAAUUCCUGUUAUGGUAUUUAGAUUCUCUGCAGAUAUAUUAUAGAAAAAUAAUAAAAAGUAAGCUACAAAAAACAAAAAGAGUGGUAAACCACAAUAAACCAAAGCUGGCAAAAUCAAUCAACAAAUGAAUAAAAAGAAGAAAAAUACAUAGAGAGAGGGAUACAGGUAUAUAAAAGAAAAAGGUAUAUAAAAGGACCUUCAUACCAACGGUUAGAUAAAAGGGGUGAAAGAAAAGCCCUCAUUCAAACCCAGAGGUUGAAGUGUCAUUAGUUCAUAUAUCCACCUAGACUCCCUCUGUCUUAAGAUUUUAUCAAAAUCUCCACGUCCCGGGUUCCUCCUCACCAAUUCUAGUCCACAGAACCUGAGAUUGUUAGGAUCACUGUGAUGGUGUUCUUUGAGAUGUCUUGAAAUAGGUGUCUCAAGACAAUUCCUAGGGGACCUUACAUGUUCCAUGAUCCUAUCUUUAAAGGCCCUAAAGGUUUUACCCACAUUUAUCCACAUGAACACGACAGCAGGUAUUCAAGGCCCUUCGUAUUACAGUUGACAAAAUUCUUAAUCUUAAAAGAGCCUUGUCCUGCACUGUCGCUAACAGUCUUAGAUCCUUUAGAAAUGUAUUUACAGGCUACACAUCUACCACAGCCAUACGUGCCACACAGAGGGGUUCCCAACCAGGUGACAUGCGGCUGUGGUUUAGUGGUAAAAUGGCUCGGUACCAAUAAAUCUUGAUUAUUCCAUCCACGUCUAGCCAUGAUAUUAAGACCUCCUUAAGAUGUACAUCAUUUAACAGGAUGGGCCGGAAUCUCUCAAGAGACUUACGUACUUCUGACCAACCUACAUCAAAUGUCGCAAUCAUGCGAAUGGUUCCUGCCUCCCUAUUUUCUUUCCUUACUGGGAGAUCACACAGCAAUUCACUCCUCUCAGUUUGGAGUGCUCUUAUACACCUUCUUCAGGCAGCGAUUCGGAUAGCCUUUCUCCUUGAACUGUAUCCAAAGCUGUUUUGCUUUCAUUUUAAAAUCAUGAAUGUCACUUCAAUUUCUCCGAAGACGGAGGUACUGGCCCACCGGAACCUUAAGGGGUCUCGGGUGGCAACUCGUCCAGUGUAAAAGAGAAUUGGUGGCCGUCGGUUUCCUAAACAGAGUGGAUUGAAAUGUACCAUCUUCGUUAAUUCUGAUAGUCACAUCUAGAAAAUUAAUGGAGCGUCCUCCAAAUUCAGAUGUAAACCGAAGAUUUUCAUCAUUCUGGUUAAGUAAUACCACCAGAUCAAAAAAUUCCUGGGAGGUGCCUUGCCAGACAAUCAAGAUGUCACCGAUGUAGCGACCCCACCAUAAGAUCUUGGGUAAGUAGUCUGCCAGAACAUCUGAGUUACGGAUCUGAUAUUCCCACCAUUCCAGGUAAAGGUUUGCAUAUGAGGGGGCCAUAGCGGUACCCCUCACCUGGUGGUAAACUUUAUUAUUAAACAAAAAAUAUUUGUGCGACAAGAUAAACUUGAGAAGGCGUAAGAGAAAGGCUGUGUGUAAAUAUUUAUCCACAUCCAUUAGUACGAUAUUCCCCCCCUUAUCAGCUGGUGUAAUGAUAAUAUCAGCAUCAUCCUGUAGUGUUUUUAAAGCACGUUGUUCCCUUCUAAGGAGGUUAUCCAUUAAAUGGAGAUUUAAGAUUAAUUUUUUUCAAUUUCACUCUUGGCUGCUUCCAUCUUGGAUUAACCCUGCCUGCUGUAAACAUAGCAGUUUCAGAGUGGCUGUCUCAUUUAGAAUGCUUUCCUAUGGACUGGCUGAAUGCGCGGCGGCUCUUGCCGAUGACAACCGAAGGAGGAGAGGUGAGUGUUUAACCCCCUUUCUCCCCUUUCAGACCGGCGGGAGUGGGACCCUGAGGGUGGGGGCACCCUCAGGGCACUAUAGUGCCAGGAAAACAAGUUUGUUUUCCUGGCACUAUAGUGGUCUUUUAAGGGUAUACAUUGUUUGUUUAUUCUUUACACCAAAGUGCUUAACUUUGCAUUUUUCAACAUUAAAUUUCAUCUGCCAUUUGAGUGCCCAGUCCCCCAGUCUAUCUAAAUCCCUCUGCAGCAAAGUAAUAUCUUGCUCACAUUGUAUUAUUUUACAAAGUUUUGUGUCAUCUGCAAACACUGAAACAUGACUUUCAAUGCUGUCUUCAAGAUCAUUUAUAAACAUGAGGGACACCCUGAGGGACACCAGUUGCCACCUCUGUCCAGCUUGAAAAUGUACCAUUAAUGACAACUCUUUCUACUCUAUUUUUAAGCCAAUGUUCUACCCAAGAACAAGCAUUUUCAUCUAGACCAAUUUCCUUGAGUUUGAACACUAAUCUAUAGUGUGGAACUAAUUCCUAGAAAAUCACUUAAACCCUGCUAUAUGUAUUAAUUCUAUUUACGCAGGUGUUAAAUCCAAAUUAUUCUUCCAAAUAAUAACAAAAAUGUCAAUAUACUAAAUGGCCGUGGUCUGUAUUCACAAAUCAUCACAAAUCAUCACCAAUCUGAUCAAAAUCUAACAAAAGUUUUUUUUUUAAAUACAGAAAGAUAUGGCUCACUUAUUUGUCCAUAUAAUGUUUGAUGAGUUGUGGCAUUGUGACCAAUGCUGUGACAUCCAAUACAAUGCAUUGUUGAAGCCAAUACCGUGACAUCCAAUACAAUGCAACAAUGAUAUACUCUUUUUUUAGGUCAAUCAUUAUUUUAUCGAGAUAUACUUGAAACAAAAUUAGCAAUUUACAAUAGAAAUAAAGCACAUAAAAUGCAUUACGUAUGUUUGAACUGUGGUAAAGAGAUUAGUAAUACUUAAUGUUUUAAUAUUCUCAACAAACUCAUACAAAACAAAAACAUGAAAUAAUAGUCUGUAAGUGAAUAGUAUGACGAACUGUAGUGGAGAAAAUGAGAGUUUGAAGUGAUCUCUCUAUCUCUGAAACAAAAAAAUAAGUAAAUAAGAAUUGUUAUAAAAUAUAUCUUACUUUUAAUUACUACCUCUUACAAACAUCAUCAAUUAUUGUUAAAUCUAAUAAUAAUUCAUUUAUUUUUCAUUUUAUCUACUAUUUUAUCCUUAAGUAUGAUUGUCUUGUGGUCCAAUCUGAGUUAUUCAUCAGAACUAUUUAAAUCAUGGACUCUUAUUUUUCUCUACUUCUUUCAAAGUCUGCAACUGUUAGCUUAGGUUUGGUAGGAAAAGAAAAUUAAAAUCCCCACCCAUGGAAAAUGAAAUCAAUGAUUUUACCCUUACUGUACCAAAUUGUUUAAUGUAAUUAGUACAACCAUUUUAGCCAAUUACAGGUGUUUGUGAUGUUUAAAACUUGAAGUAGUGCUGGUUAUAUAGAUCAUGUAUAUACAAGUAACUAAAUACCAUGUGUUGGAUCUAUAGAUCAGCAAAGAUCAUAUGUUUUUGUGCUUAGGAGCCGAGGGUAAUACGUACACUGGUUCGGAGCAGUGCUCAGAGCUGAGCGUGAUAUGUACAUUGACCAGAGCAGUGUUCAGGAGCUGAGGGUGAUAGAUAAACUUGUCGGGAGCAGUGAUUGGGAUAUUUAGGGGAGCUUUACACUAGUAAGGAGGUGUGAGACAGGAAAUCUGGGUGUUGGGUACUAUGGUCAAAUGCAGGGAAUAAUGAAAGAAGGUGGACGGUCAGAUGAGCAAAACAGGAAUUAAACUGAAAUUAAGGAAUUAAACAGAGAUCAAGGACAGGUUUUUAACUAUUAAAGGUAAAAUAUAUAUUUUUGUCAGUAGAGGACUUUUGGGUAGUUGUAUUCCAGUAGUGGAUAGCUUGGAGGGAAAUAUAUUGGAAACAGGAAGGAACAAUCAGAACUGAGACUUGGUAUACACCUUAUGGAAUGGACAUCCACCUAAAUUAAUGUACAGAAAAUUAAACAUUUGCUGAAUUGCCCAUUGUGAAAACAUUAUGACAUUAAAAGAAAAAUUAGAGAAAAAAAAUCAUAUUGUUUUCCAGGAAAGUUAUAUUCUUUUAUUAAAUUAUUUCAGUAAUUAAAUAAUAGUAAUAAAAAAGCAAGGUACUGGAUAUGUACAAUUCCAAUUUGUGUAGUUACCUGCCAACAUUUAUUUUAUUAAAAAUAAUUUAAAGAACGCUCUCGAUACUUUAAAGGACAACUUACACAAAGUAAUAACUGAAGAAUUUUGAAUGAAGACAGGCUUAAUGCCUUGAGGUUUAUGAUUAAAUACAUUGAGGCAUGAAACUUGUCAGACUGGUGCCCUGCUUUUGAGAGUUUUCUUCCCUUGUGCUAUCUGUUAUAACAUUAAAAUGGCCUAAAAUAGAAUUCAUUUUUGCUCAUGCCUUCUGUGAUUAGAUUUUUCCUCUUGGCAGUGGAAGCUAACAUCUCACAAUAUCAAUGCCUUUCGUUAUAUCAUGGCUUGUUUUGCUGAGAAAUUUUUUCGUAGUCUAGUGUGUAUGUUAUUGAAAAUAUCAAAUACUAUUUUUAUGUUUUAUACAUAGUUUCUUUCUUUCCUUUGGCUAAGUAACUUACAAAUUUCUUUAUUCUUUGGGAUAGGUCAUCAACUGAAGUUAUGGAGCAUGAAGAAAGACAAAUUGUGGUUUGGACUGGUCAAGAGGAAAAAAUUGUUUGCGGAUUGACAAAGCGUACAACCUCUGCUGAUGUAGUACAGGCUCUUCUUGACAGUCAUAAAGCUACAGCAUUGAAUAGCUCUUUUAUUUUGGGUGACAAGCACAGAGAAUACUGUAUUGUUGAGAAAUGGAGAGGGUUUGAGCGUAUUUUGCCUCCGUAUACAAAAAUAUGGAAGCUUUGGAAAGCAUGGGGAAAAGAGAAGGUAAACCUUACCUUUGUUCUUGUGAAAGCAGAUACCUUUCUUGGAAUUCCAAUUUGGAGAAUGUCUGAAGCCAAAGUAAUCCCAUCCUCAGAAAAAAAUAAUCUUGACUAUUGUUCUACCCAUUAUGUAAAAUCCUUACCAUUUGAUAAACAAAAAAGAAUUGUGAAAAAGGCAUUUCGAAAAUUAGCCAAAAUCAAAAAAGAGAUUGAUUUUACAGAUGCAAAUAAUGCGGAGACACUUAUUCACAUAAUUGUUUCUCAAGACAACACUAUUAAACAGCAAAUAUGGAGAAUACACGAAAUAGAUAAAGAAAUUGAGGCAUCUAAAGCAAAUCUACAUUUGAUAAAGGUAGAGGACAGUGUUAUGAAUGAUGUCCACAAUAGUUAUUUAAAAAUAUUUGAUUCUAGUACUACGAAUUGUAGUCCCAAAAAAGUGUUUCCCCUGGAGAAGAAAACAAAACACAAAGAACUGGAGCUAGACGAACAAUUAAUAUACCAUCAAAAGCUUAUUGACAGACUCUCUGCUGAAAUUGAAGAAGAGAUAUCAUCUCUAUGCAAGAAACAAAACGGUGAUGGAAUUAUUUUCUCUGAAGAGGGUAGGCAGAAAUUGGAUGAAUUUAACUUGGAAAGUGUGAAAGAUGAACUCGAAGAUAGUUUGCAAGUUGGUUUAAAAUUACAUACCAUGUUUAACAGUGUUCAGAAAGAUAUUAAAUAUAAUGACUCAUUGCUUCUCAGGAAGCAGAAGGAGUACAAGCACUUAGAAGAAGACUUGAAAUCAUUAUCUAUUACGGUUGAAACCAGUCCUUUACAUUUUACACCUUACCAAGCAGAAAGAGAUUACAUGGUUAAUAGCAGUAAGACAAAUGAUUUUACCAUGAAAUUUUCAAGUUUGAAAACACAUGAUACUGACUCAGACACUGGCAUAAGUUCCACUCAUAGCCAAGAUUGAGUGUGUUUUCUGAUAAGUGAUGCUAUUUUGCACAUUAG